GGUGGCGGAAGUAGAGACUGGAGAAUGUCAAGGGUCCCUGGCACGCCGCAAAGGGCACCGCGCUCCUCCUCUUCCUCCGCCCCCGGGAAACUGCGGACGUGCGCACGUGCCGCCCAGCACAGGCUCCUCCCCCUCCCGCCCCCGGACGUCGAGCGGCCUGGCGGCUGCUUUCCUCUCCGCCUGCAGAGAUGGCUCUCGACCCCUCAGGUACGGGGCGAACAGCAGGGGUGUCUGAAGAGUCUCAGACCAGAGCAACAUCUCAGACAUGUUGAAAAAGAUGUUUUGAUUCCUAAAAUAAUGAGAGAAAAGGCCCGUGAGAGAUGCUCUGAGCAAGUUCAAGAUUUUACCAGAUGUUGCAAAGACUCUGGAUUGCUUAUGGUAGUAAAAUGCCAGAAAGAAAAUGCUUCACUGAAAGAAUGUCUAACUUCCUAUUAUAACGACCCAGCCUUUUAUGAAGAAUGCAAAAUGGAAUACCUGAAGGAAAGGGAAGAAUUCAGAAAAACUGGAAUUCCUACUAAGAGAAAGCUACAGAAGCUUCCCACAAGCAUGUAAUUAAGUGCCAACUAAACAUACUGAAAUCUCCAGCACAGUCUUACUUUGGUAUAACAGAAAAUGUAAGUACAACUGACCUCUCUGCAUUCAAAUAACCAUUGUCACCUCUUAAAACUAUUAGUGUAAAUUUAGCAACAAGGAAAUCAACAAACAUGUCGAUUCAUUUUUUAUUUAACCAUAAACUUCAGUAGUUAUAUUCUUGAUACCUAAAUCUCAUAUCCUAAGUAGAAAGCAACAGAUAAUAUAAUUCCAUUCACUCAGGCUAUCAUUCUUUCAAUAAAAGCCAUGGAAGAAACUUUA